AUGUUGUUUUCAUUGUUUGUUGUAACGUUACUGGUCAAUACGUUUGUGGUAUGUUUUUCUUGUUGUAAUUAGCUUUAAUGUAUUUUAGAACAGCAAAACAAUCACCUGGGACCAUGUAGUGCCAAACUCUCCUCCAAACAAGGGAUACUUUGUGGUGGAAACAAUGCCAAAUAAAGUGGAAAGAACCACUUAUAUGGAAGUAAGUUGUCAGUUGGAUAUAACUCGAUACCUUUUUACUUGGUUGUAAAAAAAGGUUCCAAAAGACAAACACCUACUCUAGGAUUAUUCAAGUGCAAUUUGUAUUACCAACUAAUUACAAAGAUAUACAAUUUUCAUUGUAAUGAUCGUAAAUGUCUUUCCAGGUACACAUUUAUCCAAACGACGUCCGAACCCGAAGUGGAUCCUUCAGCACGUCUUUAAAGACGAAACUCUUCCACGACCUAAAUGGAGUUACCGGGGAUGUUGCUGGCCACAUUUUGGCCAACACUUUUGGUGGUCCAAAUACCGCCACCAAUUUCUUCCCACAAGCACCUUCAGUGAACUCCAAUGUAGGUGCUCGUUUUGCACUAAGUUCGUGGUUUGAAAACGAAAACGACAUGCGCCGAUGGUUGCGCGGUGAUAGCUUAAAGUUUUAUCAAGGCAACAUUAACGGUGUCCGAAGUGUGCUUUAUAAAGUUGGUUUGGAAUAUGCUAGCAGCAAAAGUGGAAGGUGAGUUUUAAUGGGUUUAUACAGUGGAAUUCCUUAUAACGAACUCUUUUAUAACGAAACUCCUUUAUAACGAACAAAUUUCAAGACCCCAAACGAUUUGUUUUACAGAAGUUCCACUGUAUAAAAAAUUGCCAAACAACCAUUCUUGCAAUUUUCUAAAUAAGUCUUUAAUGUUGUUGGUUCCAAAUUAGAAAAAUAUUUAAAAAAUACAGCACUGAUAUAAACUAACGUUUUGUACAUUUUUUAGACCUUCCAAAGUUCAUUUUUCUACAAUCUUCGAAAUAAACGGUCAUAAAAUAACUGAAACGAGCGGUCACUUUGAUAACUCCAAGAAAGAUUCAGGACACGCUCGCAUUGUUUGAAUCAAUUCUAGUAUUAUAAUUCAAUAAACUUUGCAACUACUUUCAUUUGUUUGAUUAUGCUUAUGAAAUUAGUUAAUCAACAACGACGAUUUUUAAGAAUACAGUAGGACCUUUGGAUAACGAAGUUCUUGGGGAAUUUAAAUGUGUUUGUUAUGAAGAAGUUUCAGUAUACUGAAGCUUCAAAUGCACAGUGUAGCGUUGCGAGAUUUAACAUUUUCCCGCUAUAUUAGUUAUACAGAAGUUCCAGUGUACUCGUAACAACUACAUUUAGUUGACCAUCAAUAAUAAAACUACAUUUUUCUAUUUUCUUGUAAAUUGCAAAGAGUACGAACGUAGUGUUUAAACAGCUUUUUGUGUAAGAACACACAGAAGGCUUGAUAAACAAACAUCCUUAUAUAAGCGUAAAAUUUUUUCAAUUUUUACAUUUUUUGUUGUUUUUGCAACAGUAUUAAACUAUAUUUUUUGCCUCACAAGGGGUGGCAAGAGUAGAGUCUCGGACAUAAAAACGAGAAUUAUGUCAUGUGAAAGAGCGUAAAACGAUCAAGAGUUUUGGUAACGACGGCCCUAUGGGCAACUAAAACAACUUGAUCUAACCUUAACUUCCACGCCUUAGGCCUUGCAUCCUAAGUCCGCUACCUUACUUUUGUCAACUUGUUUAAUCUGUCUACAUUAUUUUUAGUGUUGUACAGUCAAAAAAGAAAAGAUGUGAGAUCCAAUUUUUCUUGCAACAAUUUUAACCAAUGUGAUUGUGGUAAGUUUUGUACCUCCAAGCACUAUUUUUUAGGCAAUAAACAGCGUAAUUGUAACUUGGGACAAUGUAGUGCAAAACGCUCCGGAAGCUAAAGGGUACUACAACGUGGAAACAAUGCCAAGUGGAAUAGAAAGAACCACUCAUAUGGAAGUAAGCUGUUCAUAUAACUCGGUGACUUGCUAGCUAAUUACAAAAAAAGUAUCAAAAUACAAACACCUACUACUUUAAUACGUAAGAUCCUGACAAUUACAUUUGCAUUGUCAAAUAAGGUUGCAAGAUUUUCACUAAAAUGAGCGUAUCCUAUUAAUGAAGGCUUUAUUCUUGGGUCGAACUAGAGGUUUGAAACGAUUUUCAUUGUAGGUACAUAUAUACCUUUCGGAUGUGCGAGAACGAAGUGGAUCCUUCAGUCGUACACUAAGAGCCAACCUUUUUGAUGAUCUAGGUGCAGUUGACGGCGAUGUUGCUGGACAUAUUCUAGCUAACACUUUAGGUGGUACAAAUACGGCGAUUAAUUUUUUCCCACAAGCACCUUCAGUCAACUCAAACGUGGAUGCUUGCUUUGCGUUAACGUCUUGGUUUGAAAACGAAAACGACAUUCGUCGGUGGUUGCGCGGCGAUGACUUAAAAUUUUAUCAAGGCAACAUUAACGGUGUCAGAAGUGUGUUAUAUAGGGUCGCUUUAGAAUAUCCAGAUGACAAUAUUGGCAGACCGUCCAAAAUUUACUUUAAGACAUUCUUUCAAAUCAACGGCUAUCAAAUCGCCGAGACCAAAGGAGAGUAUUAUAAUCUAAAGCAAGAUUCGCAUCAGGCUCGAAUCAUCUAA